AUGGUCGUUAAAGUUGGCUUUGUGCCGGAGCACUUCUCUACGCCUUUGCAUUUUGCGUUGACAAAAGGUUAUUACCAAGAGGAAGGCGUCAACGUGCAAUUAAUUCCAUAUCCAAGUGGGUCAGGACAUUUAAUCCAGUCGUUGAACAGUGGAGAACUGGAUGUGGCCGUGGGACUGACAGAAGCGUUUGUGCGUGGAAUUGCAGACACAGAAAAGGGCACCAAACCCAAUUACCAGAUCGCGGGCACGUACGUAGAAUCGCCGCUGGAAUGGGCCGUGUCGACAGGCACGCAGCGUGAUGAUUUGCUGAAACUAGAGGACAUGGAAGGUGGCAAAGUGGGUGUUUCGCGAAUUGGAAGCGGGUCUUACGUGAUGAGUUUUGUGCUGGCGUUGCAGCUCGCGUUCCGUAAACCGUUUACCGGUUUCCUCGUAUGCAACACGUUUGCGAGUUUGCGCGAGAGUGUGAACGCUGGAACGAGCGACAUGUUCAUGUGGGAAUACUUCACGUCGAAAAAGUACUACGACAGCGGCGCGAUCAAAAUGGUCGGCAGUAUCAAGACCCCGUGGUCGUCGUGGGUUUUGGUGAAACGCACUGCACUCGCGGACGAAGAGUACGCCAAGCUUGCGCGUGCUAUCAGUCGCGGGAUUGCGUAUUUCAAUGCGCAUGGCGCAGAGGCUGUGGAUUUCAUCAAUGCUAAUUUUGAUUAUUCUAAAGAGGACGCCGCUGCAUGGUUAAAGACCGUAACAUUUCGCACGAACGUCGCGGCCGCGACAGGCGUCGCAGAAAUGGUUCGAAACACAGUAAAGGUACUCAAGACAGCAAACGUGCUCUUGCACGGUGACGCCGCAGCUGUGCUGGAUGCAAACGUUGCUGCAGGGCUGUACUGCGAGAAAGAGUGCUAG